AAACUUAUCCUGCAUGGGAUUCGAUCUAGCUCAUGAUAAUUUGGGAGCCAAUUGAAUAUAAAAUUCUAGUCAGACUCAGAUUUUAUGAAAAAAAGUCUAACGUGAAACCAAAGAACUUCGUGUGAUUCGGAUCAUUGCAGAUUGAUCAUUUUUCGUUCAAUGACAGAGUCCAAGUAUAAAUUACACCUAUUAAAUAUAUUUAUCUAUACAUAGAUGUAAAAUAGAUAUCUAGUAAAUGGUGUCUGGGAAUAUUUUCCAUUAAAAAUUUAAUCAACCCUUCCGUCAGACGGAUGAGAAAAUUGAUAUAAAAAAAAAGGAAUCCAAGAGUUCGUGUGAAGAGAAAAAAAAGUUUUUAUCGCACAACGAGAAAAUCGUGAGUCACGAGAGAAAGAGGAACAGAACUGAAAUUGAAAAUCAACGGUUUUGAAAACCACAACUUGGACCACCCCUCCCCGUAUAAAAAUGAAUUAUAAUUAAAAGAGUAAUAGUUUAUGUAAAAUAGAAAGUGAAAAUAAUAGUUGAAAUUAAACAUGUCUACGGUCAGUGUUGUAUCGAAUUCUUCGGUGGAAGUUGAUUCCGAUUCGUCGAGCGAAAUAUUGCCUAUCGAUGGUGCAGGAGAAAAAGAACAGAAAUUUUUAUUACCAAAUGAUUUGUAUAAAAGUCUUUUGGCCAGUGCAGUACUUGGAAAAACGGUUCUCAAUCGUAAUCUCAAUUUAAAGGAUAACUUGGCGAAUCUCAAGGACAAUUUGAGCGCACUCGGUGCUCUCAAGGAGCUAAAAGAUUUGAAAGGAUUAACGAAGGCGUCGUUCGCAUGGUCCGAAGGUGGUGAAGAGGGAGGAGGGGGUGGAGGGGGCGGUGGCGGAACAGGAAGUGCCGGUGUUCCAGGAUCCGGGACCGGUGCCGGGGGUGCUGGGCUGGCCCAUUGGGUCAGCGUCAUGGCGGAGCACAUACACAACCCCCACGGAACGACCGGAGUCGGAGGUGUCCAUCACCAACAACAGUCGCCACCCCAACCACCGUAUCCAUGGAACAACGGAAUUUCGGCGGACCAAUGCAACCCUCACGAAAAAGAUGGAGAUUAUUGGGGCGGUGGGCGCACAGCGAAACAGGGCUACGAGCAUUUUUUGUUACAGGCCAAGAUGAACGCCGAUCACAAUCAGCUGCAAAAAGGAGAUGACCAAUACCGAUCGGGUGCUGGUGGUAGCAGCAGUGGAAGUCCACCUGCCAGCCUCCUCGUGGUUCCCCAACCUUUGACCGUGAAACCAUCGCAUCCGUCACAUUUGAAUCCACACCUCGGCGGUCCACAUUCUCACCCACCUAGGAAAUAUCAGUGCAAAAUGUGCCCGCAGAUAUUCGGCAGCAAAGCAGAUCUGCAAUUACACACGCAGAUCCACAUGCGAGAAGCGAAACCGUACAAGUGUACGCAGUGUGCCAAAGCGUUCGCAAAUUCUUCGUACUUGUCGCAACACACGAGAAUUCAUCUCGGUAUAAAACCAUACCGAUGUGAAAUUUGUCAACGGAAAUUCACCCAGCUCAGUCAUUUACAGCAACACAUCCGGACGCAUACUGGCGAUAAACCGUACAAAUGCAGGCACCCUGGAUGUACGAAGGCGUUUAGCCAACUCAGCAACCUCCAGAGCCACUCAAGGUGUCAUCAGACCGAUAAACCUUACAAGUGCAACUCGUGCUACAAGUGCUUUUCGGACGAACCGAGUCUACUUGAGCACAUACCUAAACACAAGGAGUCGAAACACCUUAAAACGCACAUAUGUCAGUACUGCGGCAAAAGUUAUACACAGGAAACAUACCUGGCGAAACACAUGCAGAAGCACGCCGAGAGAACGGACAAACGUCCGCCGAUAAUCGGCAGCGGUCUGAGGCCUUCCAUACACGCGAUGUCGCAUCAUCAGGAUCAUUAUUGGCCGAAAGUCAGUCCGGACUCUAUGAUAUCGGAGUUGCACGAACGGUUACCUCAUCAUCACACGGACUAUCAUCAAAACCAAAAUUCGGAAAUGAUACUCCCUCACGGUCACCGGGAAUCGAUCGAAAACGACUCGAGACAACAAACACCGCAGCCGGGUAACCACCCCAACAGUUCCUCGGCAUUUACACCGAUAUCAUCGAUUUCAAUAAAUUCAAUAUCCUCGAUGCAGCACCCCCUCAACCCUCUGAACCACCUCCAUUAUCCCGGUAGUCACCAUCCAGCCUCGCGGCCUUACCUCUACGAAGCCUUCAACCCCCAAAAGUCCUCGCCAACAUCCUCGGCCGGUAUAACAUCCGGUACAACGAGUAACCAGAACGCAACUUCCUUUCCGAAUCAACUGAUCAGCUUGCAUCAGAUAAGGAACUACGCGCAUCAACCGAACUUAGGAAAUUUGGGCAACCUGGGAAAUCUCAGUAAUCUCAGUAACCUGAGUAAUCUUAGUGCGACGAUGGAAAAUCACGCCCUGCUAGGAGGUCUCAAGGAAAAACAGUAACUUCCCGGUCCGUCGUAGGUAAUAUUAUAUAACUAUAACGUGUGCGCUCGUAUUUAACAAUAAAUGAAAAAACUUUCGAUUCAUAAUACGAUUAUAAUUUAAAUACGAUUCCUUAAGGAUAUGUGUCAAGAGUUAUCGACGAUGUUUCAUCGACGACGUAUUGUUUUGCCAUUCCAAAAUACAAAAGAGGGAUCAUUAUUGUUACACGACGACACGUUGUAAGCCACCUAUUAUACAGUUAGCAAGAUUACCAUAUUCCUAUUUUUCUUUUCUUUCUUUUUUCUUUUUUUUUUUUUUUUUUUUUGUAAUUUUUAUUUCAUUUUUUUUCAAUCACAAACUAAGAUCUCCGUAGAAUUUAUUCAAUCAAGGAUACGCGACACGCAACAGUACUUAUAAUACCAAGAAAGUAUCGGGACUGACGGGAGGAAAGCAGAAUAUACCGUCGUGGGGAUAAGAAAAGGUUUUUAGGUAAAAUGAAUAGUUAAAAAUGAUCGUAUGCUGAGAGAAUUUAUAGGGGGUCAGAUAUAGAGAGAAAGAGAGACAGAGAGAGAAAUCAAGAGAUAGUAUAGUGGCGAGAAGAGGUGUACUUUUUGUGUACCGUAAUUAAAUAAUUAAACGCAUUACCAAUUAGGAUUUGGUAUAUAUUAAAAAUAAGGGCACAAAUAUUCAAUCGCAUAACGUUGAAGCGAGUGUAAAGAAAAAAGACGUAGCGUAGGGUUUACGGUGCCACGGGAUAACAGAAAAUAAAAUAAAAUACGAAGUGGAGAAAAAUGAAAAACAAGAAAAAAAAAAUCAUGGUGUUGAACACAAAAUGGUAUGCAAGACCUCUUGUAAAUAGCUAUCAUAUAAAUAUAUAAAUAAAUAUUAUAUAUUAUUAAUUAUAUUAAUAGGUGUGUAAGGUAUAGACGUAUAAUAAUUUCUAAGUACCAUUAUAAAAGAAAAGGGAAAAAAAAUCAUGAGAGAAAAAUCCGGGAGAAUUGUCCAUUCUUACAAAGCUGAAAAGACUCGAGAUGCUGUUGCAGAAGAAGAAAAAGAAGUCGACGCUGGAAAUAAUUUAGUAAAACAUCCGACACUCAUUUUUGGCGAUUAAUUAUUUGUACUAAUAAUUUUUUACGCAAACAUGUGUAUUGUAUUCGCCCGAUGUUUAUUAAUGAUCCAUUUAAUCAACUUUUUACAAUUUUAGUUCUCUUACAUAUUAUAUUUAAAUAUAUAUACAUGCAUAUAUAUAAAUAUAUUUUUUCAUGUAUAAUUAUAAGCUCAUUUUCUCAUUCGUACGAGAGAUCGUAUUUUUCGUUCCCUGAUUUACAUGCGUUUUCUUUUCGUUUUUUUUUUUAAUUUAUUAUUUUUUUUUUUUCGUUUUGUUUUUUCAAGUUUGAACAAACUGGAUAUAUCUUUUCGCCAAAACGCGCCAGAAUUGGGCUGCUCGGAUAAGCAAAUGGUAAAAUAGUACACAAUAUAAAUGUAAUGAAAGAAAAAUAGGAGAAAGGAGGAAAGAAGCGACAAAAAGAAAACUUAGGCGAAAUCAAGUUACACACGUGUAGAGUUUAAGUAAAGACAAAACACUGUAGAUAGUUUCUUGUUAUGGUGCAGAAAACGGUGGUAAUUGUUAGACGAGGAAGCUGAAUUAUAUUUUAUGAAAAUAAAUUCAGUAUCCUCUUCGUUUGAUGUCCAUCGUCGCGCCUCACCUGUGCUCAAGUUGUUUAUUAUUAGUUUGUUAUUAAGAAAUUAUAAUAUCUACUAUUAUUACGAAAUAUUAUAUAAUCACUUUUUGGGUUUCCUAAUUAUUUCCGAAAAGCACUCAGCUCUGCAUACCUAUUAAUGUAUAACGUCGCCGAAGCGCGCACUCACAUAAUUUUUUAUAUUAAAUAAGAAAAAAAGAAUAUUAAUGAAAUAAACAAAAAGUAAUACAAUAAAUAAAUAGAAAAAGAACAAUGAUUAUUUAAAAUGAAAAUUUACAGAAGAUAGAAACCGAACUGCUAAAAAAAAAUUAAUAAAUAGCGUAUUUUUGUUACGUCCCACGGGGAGAAGAGGGGAACCAGGAACCCCUAUGCUUUAAUUGUGAUUUUUUCUGUCUAAUUAUUUUUAGUUUCAUUAAUUAUUAUAAUAAUAAUUAUUAUUAUUUCGUUUAAUAAACUAUUACGUUAAAAGAAA